GACAACCAUUAAUUUUCUGAGCAAAUGAAAGUAUUAUCCUUGCUUCCAACUUACUCAAGAAAGAAGUAAAAUUGGGGGAAAAAAGUAAAUAGUCCUUCUUGGUCAAUAAAUGUCAUGCGCAUAAUUUACUGAAUUCCAAAUUAGCAUCAAACGAUUUACCUGCUCUACGAAAAAGAUGCAAAGAGUGCGAGUUUCAUCAACCCAAGCUCCAGUGCACAAGCUUGGGGAUUCCCAAAUGACAUUAUCCCCAAAAUUUAGGGUAGCUGCAACAAAUUCCUCUUUGCUAGAUCCUUUUUUAGAAUUGAAACUAUUUCUUAGGGGAGAGCCUUUAAUUCCUGGACUUCCUGAUGAUGUCGCCCUCCAGUGCCUACUCAGGCUACCAGUCAACAACCAUUCAGUCUUCAGGCUUGUCUGUAAACGUUGGUAUUCCUUGUUUGGUAGCAAAGGACAGUUUUUUACCCGGAGAAAGGAGCUCGGGUUUCAUGAUCCUUGGCUAUUUGUUUUUUCCUUCCAAAAAUGCACUGGAAAAAUUGAAUGGAAAGUUCUUGACCUCACUCAGUUCUCUUGGCACACAAUCCCUGCUAUGCCUUGUAAAGAUAAGGUCUGUCCACAUGGAUUCGGGUUUGUUUCCAUACCCCAUGAGGGUGUUCUCUUUGUUUGUGGUGGUGUAGAAUCUGAUGUGGAUGGCUCCCUUGAUUUAGUAUUGAAAUAUGAAAUGUAUACAAACCGUUGGACAGUGAUGAAACAGAUGAGCGCAGCAAGGUCAUUUUUCGCUAGUGGGGUGAUCGAUGGAAUGAUAUAUGUGGCUGGAGGGAACAGCUCGGAACUGUUUGAGCUUAACUCGGCUGAAGUCCUGGAUCCUAAUAAAGGUACAUGGAGCCCUGUUGCAAACAUGGGAACUAACAUGGCGUCAUAUGAUACUGCAGUUCUUAACGGGAAGCUUCUCAUGACAGAAGGGUGGUUUUGGCCCUUCUAUGUUGUACCUAGGGGUCAGGUCUAUGACCCAGUAACUGAUAACUGGGAGAAUAUGGCUACUGGGCUACGAGAAGGCUGGACAGGUUCGAGCGUCGUGAUUUUGGGGCAUUUGUUCGUGGUCUCCGAGCACGAGAGGACAAAAUUGAAAGUCUAUGACAUGAAGACUGAUUCUUGGGAUGCUGUCGACGGACCUCCUCUACCUGAGCAGAUAUGCAAGCCUUUCUGUGUUAACAGCUGUGAUAGCACGAUCUAUGUUGUCGGUCAGAACCUACACAUUGCUGUGGGCCAUAUAACAAGAAUGUUCCCUAGACGCACUUCAGAAAGAAAGUCUCACUUCUCUGUUCAAUGGGAAGUAAUUGCGGCACCCGAUACCCUCUCCGACUUGAUGCCGUCACGUGCUCAGGUUCUGUUUGCUUAAAACUCCUCGGUUUAUUUGGGAUUCUGUAGUGUGCUUGUUUCUGCUGCUACGAUAGUAUUUAUAUGAGAAUGUCAAUAUAUUAGAGAGAUGAUAAGACGUUGGAAGAUUUUUUGUUGCAAACAUUGUACUCGUUACCUGGUUUCUGAAACCUAAGUUGUAUUCCUUGACGUUGUACUUGUAUUUAUUACAUGGUUUUUAUGUAAUAUGAUUUUUUCAAUACCAGAUCACCUUGUAUACUGAAUUCCAGUAACGGGACACCAUUUCUGUU